GGGGGGGUCAGUGGAGGCGGCGCCAUCUUGGCGGAGCCGUGCCGGGAGCUGCGGCGCUCGCUGAGCGGCGUGUCCGUUAAGUUGAUUUUACAGAAUUUAUCAGGUCUCCAAAGCAGAAACAGGUGAUUUUUGCUGUGGGUUGAGCUCAGCAUGGCUGUAGUCAUCCGUUUACAGGGGCUUCCUGUUGUUGCGGGUCCUCCAGAUAUUCGUCGUUUCUUCUUGGGAUUGAAUAUUCCUGAUGGAGGUGUGCAUAUUAUUGGAGGAGAGAUUGGGGAGGCUUUUAUUAUAUUUGCCACAGAUGAAGAUGCACGGCGUGCCAUGAGCUGUUCGGGAGGGUUUAUCAAGGACUCGCGCAUAGAGCUCUUUCUCAGCAGCAAGGCAGAGAUGCAGAGUACCAUAGAAAUGAGCCGGAAACGAUUUGACCGUGGGGGACGAGAAACUAUGUCUGGCUCUAGAAGAACAGGUACUAACGGUUCUAGUGCAUCAAGUAUUGGAGAUAUACCACAUUUAGUUACAGCUUCUCCAAAAGGAAUAAGAAAACCUAGUUAUGGGCCACCAAAUCGCCUGGAGGCUGGUUUCCAUACCAACGGCACAAGAUAUGGUGAUAUGGGUAUACCUAAGUCAAACUAUCAGUUAAGAAAGGAUUGCCACCCAUUUAACCCAGAUGAUCGUUACCUGUUUCUACGUGGUAUACCUUACUCUGCAACAGAAAUGGAAGUACGUGCUUUCCUUUCGGGGAUUCGUGUGGAUGGAGUGAUUCUGAUAAAGCACCGCAAUGGUUUAAACAAUGGUGAUUGCUUGGUAAGAUGUGCUACACCUGGUGAUGCCUUAGAAGGACUUAAACGUCACAGACAGUACAUGGGUCAGAGGUUUAUAGAAAUCAGUCCAACUACAGAGGAACGGUGGAUGGAAUGCGGUGGGCGGAUAGACAUGCCAGAUGAAAUGGAUGACUUUUUGUGUGAAGACCAUUCUCCAAGAAGUUCGGGCUACAUGCAUUCAAGGAAGCAUUCUCGUUCAAGAUCACCAAGGAGACAGAGAACACAUUCUCGUUCAUCUCCUAGCCAGGAAUAUUACAUACACUUAAGAAAUCUAUCUUUUAAUGUGGAAAAGAGAGAUUUGAGAGAUUUUUUUCCUGAACUGGAUAUACACAGCAAACAGAUUAAGAUUCUAACAGAUAAGCAUCAGAAAAGGACUAGAGAUGCCUUUGUGGUGUUCAGGAGUGAGAGAGAAUAUCAGGCUGCUUUGGAAUGUCAUAGAAAGGUUCUUCUCAAUCGUCCUGUGUACAUUUUUCCAAUUUCAAGAAAGUCAAUGUUGAAAAUAAUUGACUCUUGUGAGAGGAAAAGAUCACCGGACAGAGAUCAUCUUGGACAGGCCAUAUCAGAAAAAAGUUACCGGGAAGGUCAUUCCAGCCCUAAGAAUUGUGUUUAUGUAAGGAAUUUUCCGUUUGAUGUGUCAAAAAUUGAAGUGCAGAAGUUCUUUUCAAGAUUUGAUAUUGAUGAAGAUGAUAUUUACUUGCUUUAUGAUGAAAAAGGAGUUGGACUGGGAGAAGCACUAGUGAAGUUUAAAUCUGAAGAACAAGCUAUGAAAGCAGAAAAUUUAAACCGUCAAACAUUUUUGGGAACAGAAGUGUUAAUAAGACUUAUAUCUCAAGAUCAGAUGCAGAAGUUUGGUGUCGCUGCAUCAUUAUCUGCACCAAAUGAAAUGCAUGGUCAUUCACAUCUGUAUGACAGAGGUGACCUCUCCCGUCCAGUUGGUUCACCAUCUGGGCCACCACAAGGGCCACCCAUGCAUUCUUUUGGUCCUCCUGGGAACUUCAGGCAUCAUUCUGAUUUUAGACAUCCCCCUGAAGACUUCAGGCAUCAGUCUGAUUUUAGACAUCCCCCUGAGGACUUCAUGUGCCCUCCUAAGGAUUUUAGGGGUCCACCACCCCUCAUGGAUUUUGGUGGCGACAGUGAACCUUUUGGCAGAAUGGAGUUUGGGAAUAAUAAAAUGGGAAAUUUUCCUGAAGGAAGAUUUAUGCCAGAUCCAAAUUUCAGUGGUGGUUCUGAACGUGUUGUUCCUAUUCUGUUGAAAAAUUUACCUUUUAAAGCUACUCCUAAUGAGAUUCUGGAUUUUUUCUAUGGCUAUAGAGUGAUACCAGAGUCAGUUUCUGUGCAGUACAAUGAACAAGGAUUACCUUCUGGUGAUGCCAUUGUUGCUAUGACAAACUAUGAGGAAGCUAUGGCUGCUAUUAAUGAACUGAAUGAUAGGCCCAUUGGUCCACGGAAAGUUAAGUUGAGUUUGCUGUAAAGGAGGAAAAGAUGCUCUAAUAACACAUUCUAGGUUUGACAGUAUUGACAGUUAUUUUAACUUUUAAUUACUGGAAGAUGCAAAACAGUUUCCAUCAACGGUUGUAAAUAAUACCCAGUUCAGUUGUUUAGCUCUUGGUUGAAAUACCUGUAGGACAUUGAAUGUCUUACAUCAAGGUAUAAAAGGAUGGAGUUUUAAUGAUUUGGGUUUUUUUUCUUUAGAUUAAUUCCAGUCUUAUGUCUUUGCAUCAAAUAAAAACGUAAGUGCUGGUUGACUGAUCACACAAAUGGUUCAAAUAGAAGAUCUUCAGUGCUACCUGCAUUAGUAAAAGAAACUUCUUACUGAGGUUAGCUUAAUAAAAUUAAUUUUUUUUUUUAUUUUUGUGUAAACUUUUCAGGUUUUAUUCGGUUUCAUAUGUUUGCAGGCAUUCCUGUUUAAGAGCUUGCUGUUCUCAUUAGCUGGCUUUGCAAUUUUUUUAAAAUAAAAAAGAAAUUGCCAUUUAAAUGUGUGUCGUAUAUUUAAAACUUGUAUAGUUAAUGAUCUCAGUUAUUAUGCUCAGCAGAUCUGGGUCUUGGUGAGAAUGGAGAAUGAUGCUGGCUGCUUCGUCUGGAAAGAGUGAACUGGUAGUUUGUCAACACAGCAAAGGAUGGGUAGUUGAGAGAGCUUGCAGAGGCUGUAUUUAUCAGUUAGGCUUUUUUCUCACUCACUGUAGUACCCGAGGCAGAAAAUGAGUGUUGGAAUUAGAUCAAGAAUUCUGACUUCAGUGGUUUUAUCUUCACAUGCUGCGUAAUAUGAAUACUAACUGGCUAAUGAUAUCUGGAUGCAUUCCAGGUCAAUCUGUGAUUAGUUUUAACUAACAUCUCUCACUGGCAACCAAGCUGACAAGCGUUAUUAUCUUACGUAAUAAAAUAAAUGCUUAUGUCAGCAUUUAGAACGUGUUGUUUCCAUUGGUUUGCUACCAGCAUGUUUAAAUUUUAGGAAGAAAUAAAAGCUUGGGAAAGCUGUGUCUUCAAAAUUAAGGCUUAGUAGGAAACUUAAGAUUGCGUAUGCAAGGACUUGACUUUCCUUGACAUUACAACUGUGCAAGAUAGUAUCUUAAAGUAGUACUAAAGGAUUAAGUCUGAGUCCCCUCAAAUUGAGACAACAAAGUUGCAACUUGCUAGUGAAAACUUCUAACCUUUGCUUGUUCAAUAACCAGAAUUCCUAAAUUCCUGAGGUAGGGAGGUCUCUAUUCCAAUUCACUCCUCAGAGCAAGUUUUGGCUCGUCUGGGCUACUCAAGGUCUUGUCUAUUGCAUCUUUAAUAGCUUUAAGGACAGAGCUGUCCAGGCAGCCUUUCUAGUGAAUGAUCCCCCCUCACUGGUGGUCAAACUUUUAUUACUUUGUGUGAAGUCAUCCUUGUGAUUGCAGAACUUCCAUGCCAACUGUUUGGUACAAGAAAACAAAAAGAAGGAGAUUUUUUGUUCUGUAAUAUUUAAAAGGUUAGUGUAGCUUUAUUUCUUCUGCAUAUUAUUUAUUCUGUGUUUUAAGUACCAAGAAAAAAAAACUUUGAAUGAUAAUGCAAGGUCUGUAUAUGUAGAUUCCUCUGAGCAAAGAAGCAUAAUGGCUAAGUUUUCAACUUUGAACACAUACUGAUUUUUGCUUUCUGCUAUGAAUUAGCUUCAGAAUCAUACAGUUUUGAAUCCUCCUCUGAACAUAAAAGGAAUUAAAACCCAACAAUUUUGUGCUUUAUUUAAUAGCUACUUUAAAAGAGAUCAAGGAGCCAGAAGAUGUUUCAGGAAAAAUAAAGACAUGAGAAUUCUCAAAAUAAACUUCCCUGACCAUCAUGUUGAAAACUUCAUUGUGACUAUUUUUGUAAGCUAGCAUCUUUACUACAAAGCUGUGUUGAAAAUGUGAAUACAACUAACUUCUCCAGUUAAUCAGUUUUUGAUGAUUUGUUGAUUUUAAAGUGCUUCUAGUUACUACACAAUAGGAGGUUUCGAACUUGGAGGUUGGAAAGGUAAGAGAGUUUAGUAGGUUGCUUUGCCAGUAAAGUGUGAGAUUAUAUUUAAAAAAAACCUGUCUGUUUUCAGAAAAGGUUAAGAGUAAUUGCUGAUAAGAUAACAUUAGUUUUUCAGAUGGUAAACCUUCCCCCCCCCCCCAGUGAACAUAUAAAAAGUAUCAUAAAGCUUGUA